UCGAAGUCAUGACUGACGCAAUCGCAAAAGUUACAGUCGGCCGAGCGAAAUUAUCCUGUACACGACAAAGAAAUGCUGGCGAUCGUGCACCCGUUCAACAUCUGGCGAUGCUACCUAAUAGGAGCCGACGUGACUGUAUGAACAGAUCACAAAUCCCUACAGUACCCGCGAGCGCUGCCGAAUCCCAACCCGCGGCAGUUUCGCUGGUUGGAUUAUUUGGAGUCGAACUUUGCGUAUCACAUCACGUACGCGAGGGGUGCCAACAACAUUGCUGACGCCCUCUCCAGACCAUAUCCCCAAA